AAUUAGUUUUGCUGUUGAUGCGGACAAUCGUUAUCGAGUUUGAUUCGCGAUAAGCUCGCCAUGCAGCAGGUAAUCUUAUCGUGGAGUGAUAAUAGUUUAUAAGUGUCAGUGAGUUACGCGCUCUGCGACCCGAUGCUACUAGUGCUAAGUAGGGUAGCAAGGGAACUCUGUUGCCAAUACUGACACAGUGAACCACAUUCCUAGUGACCAUGAAGACAAAACGUCUGUGCUUUAUUUUGGCAGCUUGUCUGAUCAAAGGAAUCGUUAGCGGCCAAGAUGGUGAUGUAACGGAAGUACCUUCCGAGGGUGACAUCCAACCUUUGUUAGAGACUAAAAAUGUAGACGAUGCUAUAGAAGGUAGUGGAGACCCAUCUAUAGAUGAUAAUAUUGAAAUCACAACUCAAGAAGCAAUUCCAAAAUUGGAACAUAUAAUGCCACUAGAUUUAAACGAAAAUGAACAAGAUACUAACAAUUCUUCGUCUCCAUUACCAUGCCCAAAACCAUGCGUAUGCAGCAUUGAAGGGGAUAAAAACAAAUUCGUCGUAGAUUGUGCUGGAUAUUCUCUCACAGAAUUCCCAUGGCCCCUAGAUUCAAGGAUAACCACGUUAAAUUUAAAUAACAAUAAGUUAACAGAGAUUCCCAAAGAGAUAUCGACUUUGAAAGAAUUGGAAGUACUUAAUGCAGAUGACAACGCUAUAAUGGAAUUGGCUGCAGGUUCGGUGAGCGAGCUUCCAGCAUUAGUUAAAUUGAAGCUAGCAAAUAACCGCCUGAUAGAAUUUCCACAAGAUUUGAAAAACAGCCUUUCGGUAAUGAAGUUAGAAGAACUAGACUUGGGCGGCAACGAUAUAAGAACGACAUUUACACCGGAACUCUUUUCUAACCUAAAGUCACUACGCCAACUAACGUUGCCCUUUACGGCGUCCGAUCUUUCUGAAGAUUUGUGCAAAUCAUUAAAGGAAACUUUGGAAAGUGUUUGUUAUGAAUCGUGUAAGGAGAAGAUAUUUGAAUGUCCAGAUGCACCAGAAUCAAUUGGAGAUGACUUAUUCGAUGCAACGUUGCCGGGUAUGAUUGCGUUCCAACCCGAUGAUAUUCAGAAAUCAUUAAACACUGAAUCUAAUUCAAGUAAUAAUACGCCUAGUACGGAAUCUACAACAGCACCUACCCCGCAAACAAGUGCAGCAUCUUCAGUUUCUGAAAGUACUUCUUCAGUAACAGAAUUUUCCCUACGUAAUGCUGUUAAUCAGCAACCCAUUGAUAAUGUACCUUUGAAUAGUAUUAUAGAAGCUCCAACAGAAACGUCGCAAACAGAUUCAGAAGUAAAGAUAGGUGCAAAAACAGCUGAAACGAAAUCUGGAGGUGGUGUAGACAAAAGUGUAAUAGGUAUCAUAAUAGCAGCUAUGGUUGUCAUUGUGGCUGUUAUAACCAUUAAAAAGAAUUGGAGUUCAAUAAAGAAAAAAUUCGGUUCAACUCCUAGAACAAACGAGCGCACCACGGCCAAUGGUACAUCUCCGGAAGAAGUCCCUUUACAAGAUAAAGCUAAUAAUAAAUCCCCUGUUUAAAAUUAGUGAAUGGUGAAUGGACUAAAUAUUAUACUCGUGUUGAAUGAACUUGAUCUGAAUGAGACAUAACAAUGUUUGGAAAAUUGUCAUGUAUGUUAUUAACUUAUAUUUUGACUAGUUUGUGUACGCGUGUAUAUUUAUGUAAACUAGUUAAAUUGUUACUUAAUUUUGUAAACACGAAAUUGUAGAUUAAGUUUAUUAGGAUAGAUUUUGUAUGUAAAUAAUUUAAAAGGGUUUUUAUAUUACGUCACCCUUAAAUUGAUUACAGAAUAAAUUUAUUUAUAUGAA